AUGCCCCUAUUUGAGGAGUCCUCCUCAGAAGAGGAGCUAGAGGCUCCAGAAACCCAGGGCACCCCAGAAGCUGAAGCCCCAGACCACAUCCCUUAUCUGGUCACUUUUGCUUUUUGGGAGACUGCUACAGACUGUAAUUCCCUGUUUAAUGAGUGGAAAGGAAAAGAGGCAAAUGUCAAUGUUUCCGUUUGGUAUCAUCAGUCAGGAGACUUCAUUAUUGGCGGCAUUGCUACUCAUGGUGUUUUUGUCUCAAGUCCAACAUCCUUCACUGAAGAACCCCCACCAGACUUGCCUGAAGAACUUGUCAUAGUGCCUAAGAAUUACCAGCAUCUCCUGGCCUUUGCAUUUGCAGUAAAAGAGAUCAAUGAAAAUCCACAAAUAUUACCCAAUAUAACACUGGGAUUCCACAUCUAUGACAGCUAUGACAAUGCAAGGAGAACCUAUCGUGCAACCAUGCUACUUCUAUCAUUGCUGGAGAGAUUGGUCCCCAACUAUGUAUGUGACACCCAGAAUAAUCUAAUUGCAGUUAUUGGAGGAUUAGACACUGAAAUCUCUCUUCAAAUAGCAAAUAACUUGGAUAUCUAUAAGUUUCCACAGGUCAUAUAUAGCCCUGCUCCGGUCAUGAAUGAUAAGACUCCAGGACUUCCCUUCUACCAGAUGGUUCCUCAGGAGGCGAUUCAGAAUGAGGGAAUUCUCGCCUUGCUCCUGCAUUUCAGGUGGACGUGGAUUGGACUUGUUUAUAUUGACAAUGACAAUGGAGAGAGAUUUGUGCAAACUGUGUCUCAAAUGUUUACUCAGAGAGGUGUCUGUUUUGCCUUUAUAGAAAGGAUCCCCAAAUUUACUUAUGUUUCUGACAUUUACGGCAUGCAAGAACAGGGGGCAAAAAUACAUGAUAAACUGGUGGAUAGGAAAGCCAACGUAGUAGUGGUCCAUGCAGAAUCGUAUUCCAGUGCAAUUUUUAGAUGGCUGCCAAGACUAGCAGAACUACAGAACAGGGCACAAAAAAUAAAAGGCAAAGUGUGGAUAACAACAGCCCAGAUGGAGAUCAAUUCAUUUGUUAUUCAAAGAAACUGGGACACAGAAAUAUUCAGUGGUGCUCUCUCCCUCAGGAUACACUCCAAUGACCUGUCCAGAUUCAAGUCGUUUGAAGAGAGCAGAAACCCUUCCAAUGCAAAAGGAGAUGGCUUUAUCAGAGACUUUUGGCAACAAUCUUUUGGCUGCAUAUUCCCAGAUACAGCAGAGGAUGGUGUAGAAGCUGAGAUUUGCACUGGGCAGGAAAAGCUGGAGAACCUUCCUGCAUUUUUUUUUGAAAUGAGCAUGACUGGCCAAAGCUACAGUAUUUACAAUGCUGUCUAUGCUGUGGCCCAUGCUCUACAUGCUAUGCUCUCAUCAAAAGACAAACGUAGAGCAAUGAUGGAUACUCAAAGUCAGAAGCUUCAAAAUCAGCAGUAUUGGCAGCUCCAUCAGUUUCUUAGGGUUGUCUCAUUUAACAACAGCGAUCAAAACAAGAUUUUCUUCAAUGAGAAAGGGGAGGUAGUAGCUGGAUUGGAUGUUAAUAAUUUGAAAUUUUUCUCCAAUGAAUCCUUUCUCCGUGUGAAAGUAGGAAGGAUGGAUGUUCAGGCCUCUCUAGAUCAAGCAUUCACCAUUGAUGAGGAUGCCAUCACAUGGCACAGCUGGUUUAACCAGACACGACCACUUUCUGUAUGUACUGAGAGUUGCCAUCCUGGUUCUAGCAAGAAAGUGAAGGAGGGAAAACCAUACUGCUGCUAUGAUUGCAUCCCAUGUCCAGAAGGGAAGAUUUCAAACCGGGAGGAUAUGAAUGACUGCAACAAAUGCUCAGACAAAGACUAUCCAAGCAAGCAUCAGGAUUUCUGCAUUCCAAGGACUCUAAGCUUCUUGUCUUAUGAAGAACCUUUGGGGCUCAGUUUAGCCUUCUUUGCUCCUUCCUUCUCUUUGAUCACAGCUCUGGUGCUGAUUAUGUUUGUAAAGCACCACAACACUCCCAUAGUCAAAGCCAACAACCAGGAACUCACUUACACUCUCCUCUUCUCCCUCCUGCUCUGCUUUCUUUGUACAUCCCUAUUUAUUGGCCGUCCUGAGAAGCUGACAUGUCUCCUCCGACAAACUGCCUUUGCCAUCAUCUUCUCCGUGGCUGUCUCUUCUGUACUAGCAAAAACUAUCAUGGUAAUUCUGGCUUUCAUGGCAACCAAGCCAGGAUCCAGGAUGAGGAAGUGGUUGGGGAAGGAGCUAGCCAUCUCCAUUGUUCUUUCCUGCUCCCUUAUUCAAGCAAGUAUCUGUAUUGUGUGGUUGGGAAUCUCUCCCCCAUUCCCAGAUGUCGACAUGCACUCAGUGGCUGAAGAAAUUGUAUUGGAAUGCAACGAGGGCUCUGUGACUAUGUUCUACUGUGCCUUGAGCUACAUGGGCUUCUUGGCCAUUAUCAGUUUCACUGUGGCCUUCCUCUCCAGGAAGUUACCUGGCAGUUUCAAUGAGGCCAAGUUCAUCACUUUCAGCAUGUUGGUCUUUUGCAGUGUUUGGUUAUCUUUUGUUCCAUCCUACCUAAGCACCAAAGGAAAAUACAUGGUAGCUGUGGAGAUCUUCUCCAUUCUAGCCUCCAGUUCUGGAUUGCUGGGUUGCAUCUUUUCCCCCAAAUGUUACAUUAUUAUGCUGAGGCCUGAGGUAAACAACAGGGAACAGUUAAUGAGAAGAAAAUUCUGA